GAAGAAGAAGAAGAAGAAAACGAGGGAAAAUAAGCAGGAAAAGGUAAACAAGGAGGAAAAGGAAGCUUGGAAAAAUAACUUGACCAAGUUGAAAAUGAAUAACCUUGACCCCGAAGAUGCCAUAUUCCUGGUUGAUGCGUUCCUGGAUGAGUGCAAGGUGGAUCAGCAUAGACAAACUAAAGGAGGGUCAAAACAAUCCAAAAAUCUGUGUGUUUGGCCUGAUGAGGACAAAGAUGGUCAACCUCUGCCGAAAAGAUGUAGAGCUGGAGAGAAACGAAAGCGAGAUUCAGCUACUGUUUCUUCAGCAAGCGUUAAAAGCGUGUCCUGUGCUCCGUCUACCAGCACAACUGAAGACACUGUGAUCAUCGAAAAUUUUGACUCUCUCAUUCAAGAUGUCCGAGACCUCUUGGGAAGUGGUGUUGAACAACCUUUCCCCUCAGACUGGAGGAACAGGCAAUCUACCUCUCUGGAGAAUUGGACAGUAAUGAGGCCCUUCAUGGUGAACAAUAUGUUGUCAUCUGAGAAGCCCAAGGAGGGGGUUUGCCAUCACUGUGGACACAAUGCUGCAGUAGUGAUGUGUAGGGACUGUUUACCGCGAUCACUCUACUGCUCAGCCUGUGACCUUUCCACACAUGAGGCCCUGGUGCUUCAUAACAGAGCAUCCAUGGUGGAGGGGUUCUUCAGACACCUGCCGCCAUCCACUUUUGUUCAGCAGCACGAGGAAGGGAAAUUCUCCUAUCAUGAAAAAGAUUGCAUGUUACCAAUCGUUCCUCCCUGCUGCGACUGCUCCACUGGGCAAACAAGCUUUUCCAAGGGAAAGCCAGUUAUUUUAAUUGGAAUGAAUGGAAGGUACAACCUCUUCCUUCCAUCAGUAAACUGCUCCUGUGGAAAAACCUUGCCAGUGACCAUAAGUGAUCUGGUUGAAAGUGGUUACUGGCCAGCAACUGUCAAUUUUGAGACCUUGUACUUGGUGGACUUGUUCACCACGUAUGAGGAUCUAAAAAUCACUGCCCCAGGGAUGUCGAGACAAGCUUUUGUCAGCAUGCUCGAGUGUCGUACCAAACUCUUCGGGCGAAGUGGUAAGAUUUGUGGGGACACAAUGCAGAGGGCCUUCCUCGAAUGGGCCUAUGCCAAAUUUGAGGUUGACAAGCUGUCUCAGGUCCAGCAUUUUCAGUGCCCUGCAUGCACACCCUCCAUGUUGGCAGUUGCAGUGGAUGGGAACCGCAAAUUAUAUCGUUUCAAAAGCCAACCAGGACCUGAUGGGUUUUUUGAUGGAGUUUUUUUGGCCAAUGAUGCUGAGGUGUCCUCCUUUGUUGAUUACAUCCAUCGAACAACUGGACAUAAUCCAGGGAAAGGGAGAUGUGGUGCGGGUCAGUGGACCGCAGCACGAGAGUCUGCCAACAAGUCUGGAAGCAAACUAGACGAGGAAGGUGUUGAAGUUGCUGUCUGCCGUCAUGGGGUUUUGCUGAAGGGACUGAAUAUGUUCCGUGGAGAAAUAUUUGCAUACCCAUUAUAUCUCCAGAAACAGCUAGCUUCACAGACCGUCCAGUUUUUUUGCUCUGAUGUGGUCUGCAAAUAUUGGCCAUAUCUGCAGAAAGUUGUGGACCACUGUCCAGAGUUGGAGGACUUGCUGAACAUGCGCCCAUUUCUCUCCAUCAUGCAUGCAAAAGCGCAUUCAUGGAUGUGUGAGGUAAUAAUGACAAUUAGAUGUAUUACUUACCAUUUGCACCACACGUGAUUGUCUGUCCUCUGCCCCUACUUGUUGUUUUC